UAGUACAAGGUCUUUGGAGAAUAUUAGCAUGGCUGACAGCUGUACUUAAUGUCAAAAAUGACAAAUGACAUAACUAAAUAUGUAAAUAAACAAGACGAAAAGUAGAGAACUAAAAAGAAAAAUGAAAUUAAAUAGCAAUACUAAAAUUAUGGGGCGAAAUGUAGUACUAGUACCAUAUAGGGAGUAUCAUGUACCUAGGUAUCAUAAAUGGAUGAAAUCUGAAGAACUUCAGAAGCUGACAGCCUCUGAGCCAUUAACUCUGGAACAGGAAUAUGAAAUGCAAAAAUCAUGGCGAGAGGAUGAUGAUAAAUGCACUUUUAUAAUACUAGAUAAAGUCGUAUUUGAGAAAUGUAACGAAGAAACAGAGUUACAAGAGAGGCUUGAGCAGACCGGUAAAGUUCAUGAUGUGAUAGAAAUCGGUUAUUCACUCGAUGAUGUGCAGCCUAAGAAGAAAACUAAGUAUCAAAAGUCGGAGCUGAGGUUGAUCGAGUCUCUAGAAGGUGUUUGUGAAAAGAUAUUGGAGUACAAUAUUCACAAAGAACGUCAGGAUAGUACGAGGUUCGCUAAAGGCAUGAGUCAAACGUUUAAAACUCUACAUGGUUUAGUUGAUAAGGGUGUGAAGGUGGACCUUGGGAUUCCCUUAGAGUUGUGGGACAAGCCAUCAGCUGAGAUAACUCACAUGAAAACACAAUGCGAAAGUCUUUUGGAAGAGAAUGAGGGAGCUGUUGAGGACUGGUACUGGAAUCACCAAGGGGAGGUAGAUCUUAUCAAGCACUUGUGUACUUACAAUGCGCUGAAGGGGACUGAUGACUCAUGUUUGAAUGAACAACUAACUACAGCUAAGGGUGAGAGAGGUUCUGCUGACAAAUCAGAACUAUGA